AUGCCUGUGGAGGUGUCGGGACCUUUAGGUACCGUACAAACCCUCGCGCUACUCGAUGAAGGCGCGGCAAUGACUUUAAUGCUGCACGAGACAGCUGACAAAAUCGCGCCUCGUGUACGCGGAGAGACCCUAGAAAUUGAAGGAAUAGGCGGCAGAGUCACAGACCCUGAUUCGUAUUCACUACAGGUCGCGAUUAGGGGUUUUUGUAGCCGACAUUUGGAGUUAAUGGAGGUGCUCUCGAUAGGCGAUAUAGGUAUAGGUUCGCAAGGCGUACCACGUGACUUAGUCGACAAGUGCGAACAUUUGUCGAAAAUCGCGGACGAGUUAAGUUACCCGACGUCAGUACCUACUAUCGUGAUAGGCCAAGAUAACUGGCACCUCAUCAUUUCUCGGCAAGUCAUAGACGGCCCGCCUAACCUUCCCGUCGCGAGUCUAACUAGAUUAGGAUGGGUCCUACACGGCCCAGACCGAACGCGUCGCGCCGCGGUAAAUUUUGUAGGGCACGCACGGCCUAAAACCGCGGACGACGAAGCUCUAGAGCUUAUGAAACAGCAUUUCGACAUAGAAUCGUUAGGCGUUUCUCAAAAGUUGCCUCGGGCCGAUCCCGACCAACGCGCGCUAGACUUAUUAAAAGCCACGUGUAAUAAGAUACCGGGGGAGAAUCGGUAUCGAGCGGGCUUGUUAUGGCGAACUGACGACGAAAAUCUCCCCGAUAACCGAGCGCAAGCGUUAAAGCGGCUAUUCAGUCUAGAACGUAAACUAGACCGCGACGUAAAGUUGAAAGCCGAAUAUACGAAACACAUGAACAACUUGCUCGAUAAAGGUUACGCGGAGAAAAUGAACUCGCCCCCGCCCCCCGACUCACCCCGGACGUGGUACCUAGCUCAUUUUCCCACAUUUCACCCACAGCGCGGUAAAAUGCGGUUAGUUUGGGACGCGGCUGCUACAGCAUACGGACGUUCGCUAAACAGCGCGCUGUUAGCCGGCCCCGACCUGUUAGAGUCACUUUUUGGCGUAUUAGUGCGAUUCCGCGAAGGUAAAAUCGCGGUGAUAGCCGACGUCAAAGAGAUGUUUUUACAGAUCGAAAUAGUAGAGCGAGAUCGGGACGCGUUACGUUUCGUUUGGAGGGGGGAAGACCGUACAUCUCCUCCACAAGAGUACAGAAUGAAGCGGCUUAUAUUUGGAUCGGCAGCGUCGCCGACAACCGCGUUAUAUGUCAAAAACGAAAACGCAAAAACGCAUAGUACUGAGUUUCCGAUCGCAGCUGAAAAAACAAUUAAAAAUACGUACAUGGACGACAUGUUGAUCGCCCUCGACACGUCAGAGGAGCACGCCAGACGCGUAGUAAACGAUAUUUACGAGCUAAACAUGCGCGCGUCCUUCGAACUCCGCGGGUUCGCUUCGAACCACCCUGCGGUAAUUUCUGACGUAGUUAAUAGCAAAGAGGAAACGUCUUUGUUAGGCGCGAGCGAGAGCGAACGUACCUUAGGUUUAAAAUGGAAUCACAAGCGUGACACCUUAGGUUUCAACGUGAACUUUCGUAAUACGCCCGAAGACGUACUUAACGGUCAGAAAUUGCCGACGAAGCGACAGGUAACGAGUAGCGCGAUGUCAAUAUUCGAUCCGAUCGGUUACGUAAGCCCCAUAUCCGUCUUAGGCAAGGCGUUAAUGCAGGAAAUAUGGAGGACAGGAAUCGGUUGGGACUCGCCUAUACCCGUCUCACUCGCACCCGCCUGGCGAUCGUUCAUCGAUAACGUACAACAAUUACGAGACUUAGAGAUUCCGCGACACGUGCCCGCAUUUAAUAGGGAGGCAUAUAUGCAUGUUUUUUGCGACGCGAGCGAAAAAAUAUAUGCCGCGGCCGUGUAUUUAGUUAGCGUCAACCCCGAGGGGACUCGAACUUCCGCGUUAGUAGCCGCUAAGGCCCGCGUUUCGCCUCUCCGGGUAGUUAGCAUUCCGAGGAUGGAAUUGCAGAGCUGCGUACUAGCUACUAGAUUAGCGGAAACCAUAGUCAAAGAGUCAGAUUACGUAAUAAAGGACAAGUAUUUUUGGUCUGACUCCAAAACGGCGCUCACGUGGAUACGUUCGGACCCACGUAGGUAUAAAACAUUCGUAGCACAUAGGUUAGCAGAAAUCGAGAACACUACCACCCCCGCCAACUGGCGCUGGGUGCCUAGUGCAGCUAACGUGGCUGACGACGCGACUCGCGGUAUACCUGCGCAAUUCGGAGUGAACCAUCGGUGGUUCAUAGGGCCCGAUUUUAUACGUAAACCGGAAGAGCAUUGGCCGACCGAAAAAGCGCCAACGCCCGUCGCCGAUACGGGCGAAGAGCGCGUUAGCAAACUCGUAUGCUCAGUAGGUGUCGCGAAAAAUAAGUUUGAGUACCUGCCGGAGGUAAGUAGGUUCUCAAAGUUCGUACGACUAGUUCGCGCCACCGCUAGGGUUCUGGUUGCCGCCGAGGUAUUUAAAGCCUCACUGCUAUCUAAGAAAACAGAUACAGAAAUGAAUAAGGGGCAUUUAAAUUUAGCAGAGAUAUUGCUAAUUCGCCGGAGUCAACAUGCUGCCUUUCCAGAGGAGAUUAAGCUAUUGGAAACUGGGCGGCCUCUACCGAAGAAGUCUCCGCUGCAUAAGAUAGCAAUACAACUUGAUAAGAACGGAGUCAUAGUGCUAAACGCUAGAAUUGACAAAGACGUGCACAUACCCGUUCUACACGCAAAAGAAGAUUUCGUCAAGCUGCUAAUACAUCAUUUUCAUGCGUUCUUCGACCACGGCAACCACGCAACCGUCAUCAACGAGUUGAAGCAGAGAUAUUUUAUUAUCGGGCUGCGCGGUAAUAUUCGCUAUAUAGCGAACAAGUGCCAAUGGUGUCGGACCUAUAAAGGAACCACACUCAAGGUUCCUGUAGGCGACCUCCCGCCAGAGAGGCUCCAGGCGAAUCAACCGCCAUUUACCGCUGCAGCCGUAGACCUGUUUGGCCCUAUGCAAAUCACAAUAGGCCGCCGCCGCGAAAAGAGAUGGGGUGUACUAUACACAUGCCUCACGACACGCGCUGUGCACUUAGAGCUUGCCGCCUCACUUUCGGCAUCCUCUAUGAUACUUUCCUUGCGCAGAAUGAUAGCGCGACGCGGCACGCCUACAGUUCUUUACUCUGACAACGCCACCAACUUUUACGGCGCAGAGCGAGAACUGGCAGAGGCCAAGAAGACGCUGCCCGACACUUUAAAGCCAUUUUUGAUCGAGCGAGCCAUAACCUGGAAAAAGAUACCGCCCGGCAACCCUUCCGCCGGCGGUGCAUGGGAACGGCUCGUAGGCAGCGUGAAAAGGUCACUAAAGGUAACACUCAAAGAGAGAGCACCUCACGAAGAAGUUCUGCAUACAUUACUGCUGGAAGCCGAGCACAUAGUCAACUCUCGACCGUUGACACCAGUGAAUCCAGACCUAGACAGCGAAGCUCUGACGCCGAACCAUUUUCUCAUCGGGCGAUCGAGCUCAAUGUCACCACUGGGCGUCUUCACAGACGCGACUAUGUCACUCUCGUCAUGGAAGACAGCGCAGACCUUAGCCGACCAUUUUUGGAGGCGCUGGCAGCGAGAAUACCGACCCAGCCUCCUCCCUCGGCCCGGUGCUCAUCAGAACGUGAAGAAACUACAUGUUGGCGACGUAGUCAUCGUAGCGGACAGCUCCAUGCCACGAGGAACAUGGCCUAGAGGCGUAAUCGCACAACUCUUUCCCGGCCCUGAUGGCCACGUGCACGUCCGAAUCGGCCUGUGA